CCUCCUCUUCCAGCUCGCUUCUGAUCUACUGAAGAAACAGGCAUGCAUGGACACAACCAGGGAUCUAGACUAUCACAUCCUUUACGUCAGUAAUUCACAGUCUGAGGAAACAUGGUGAGCAAGGAGGGUGGCAAAUGCAUGCUCACCAACUCAGAGUCUGACUCGGAGGCAGCGCCUGUGCCCUCCACCUCGCUGGCGCUGGAGGUAAAGUAUUCCCUGGAAGCCAAUCGACAGGUGAGGAAGAGAAACAAGGCUUUGCAAGUACGUUUCAAGGACAUCUGUGAGGCACAGAACGAGCAAAGGGAGGCGGAGUUGCAGGCAGCAGGGAAAAGUGGCAAGCCAAUGUCAUACAAAGUGGCGUACCGCAAAUACAUGACUGUCCCUGCCCGCAGAUCGAUUCCUAACGUCACAAGGAGCACAGGUGUCCAGACGUCACCUGAUCUGAAGAAACGGUAUCAGACGUUUCCUUUUGAGCGUAAAAAAGGGCAUACCUUUAAACAUGUGGCAGCCGUGGAAACUUAUAAAGGUCAGAAUAACGGUUUUAUCAUGGAGGUGAAGCAGUCUAAGGCACCUGAGCGGGGUUUAGAUGAGGAGGAGGAGGGGGCCUGUGGGGGGAGUGGAGUCCUGAGGACCAGGGCUCUGCUCCAUACUAAUCAGUGCAUUGCCACAGUGGAGCAGCACACUGCACCUGAUGGCCUGUGCUCUGACGCUCUGCUGCUCAGUUGCACUGCAGACACAGACUGCCUUGCAGACACACCGAGAGGAAGCGGAGCUGGAGCGCAGGCAGAGUACCAGCUCUGCAGUAUACCUUCCAAAGCCAGAACAGGAUUACAACACAGGGAGGUCGACACAGACCGCUCGGCCAAGAGGCAGCUGCUCAAUCUGGAGGAGGGCUCAUCCCGAACCCUGCCGGACAGGGCCUCUAAGGUUACGGGCCCCAUCGCCUGGAACUCCCUCACACAGGUGGAGUGCCUGGACAGUCCAUCUGUAAGGAGCAAGCGAAAGAAAGGCCUGCAGCUCAACGGGCUUUCGAGCGAGACAUUACCACGAUCCAGUGGAGGCUGUACAACACAGGCACAGUGCCACACAGGGCAGUUAUCUGCCCGGCCUAUACGGGGCAUGGAGGAACCUCUGUCACCCUGCAUAGGUGGUGAGGCUGAUGGAACACCAACUGACCAAACACAUGAAGCCUGUAAGCAAAUAGUGCCUAUGAAUCAGGACGGGGAUGUUAAAGCACAGCUCCAGGCCAUGGAAAAUCUCAUCAGCUCCAGCCAAGAGACCAUCAAAGUGCUGCUGGGGGUCAUCCAGGAACUGGAAAAAGGAGAGGCCCACAGAGAAGGACUCUCCUAUCGAACCGGACAGGACACGGCCAACUGUGACACAUGCCGGAACAGCGCAUGCAUUAUUUACAGUGUUGAACUGGAUUUCAAGCAACAGGAAGACAAGCUCCAACCACUGAUGAAGAGGCUUUGCCCUACAGAGGACACCCACUUUCCCCCACUGCCUUACCCCCAGGAGGCCUUCACCUCCACCCCAAAACGCAAGUCCAAAGCUGACUCCAAGAAACACGCUCGCUGGAAACUUUGGUUCCUGUGACAACAAAGAACCAUCUUCUAUCCCACUACCGUGCACAGGAUUUAAGCGUCCAUCUAAUCAUCCACUUUUGUUUGGUUUAUUCAUCAUCUUCUUUUAUAUCAGAUUCCUUUGGAUGUAGACCUGGUGUUAAUGGAGAGCUAGACUGGAUACCAAACCCUUUUCUGAGAUGACAGGAUGUGUAAUGAGACACGAGUGCGGAUUCCACGGAAAAUUCAAAAUGUCAUGCUUACCAAAAAUGGAUUCUGAGUUAUUUUUGAACUAAUUUCUUCAAACACGGUGUGAAAUUACACCAGGGAAACAUAUUUGGAGAUCAGCAAGGUGAGAAGAUGAAUUUGAUUUCCCGCUGUCCAUUUGCAUAUAAUUUUUUUUCCUAGCUGACGUCAGCGGGGUUCUGUUCUGUAAUGGUUUCUGUGCCCGUCACAUUUCUAUUCCUCAGUUGGGACUUUCUUCCCAGCCUCCAGGAGAGGUUGGCAGUUCAACCAUAAACAGCAUAUCACUGUACUGCAAAGCACAAUUAGAACUGUUCAGGAAACAUUUUCUCCAGAAUAAUCAAAAAGAACUAUUUUGAGUAAUAACUCACAUGUAGAUUGUCUACUAACAAUGACAGAGUGAAGACUUUCAUAUCUAUCUAAAGAAGAGACCUAAAGGAUAUAAUGUCAGAGAUGUUUAUUGGA